AUGGAAUAUAAAAGGAGUGGGACGUCAAUGACGCCGGAUCAUAGUGGGAAAGUGGGAGUUGGAAUGGUGGCUAAUCCGUUGCCGUUUCUUACUCCCAGACCUGAACGGAGACGUCCGGAUCCUAGAAGUAUUGAUUGGAAUUCGAGUAAGCCUGAGAAAGAUCGUGGUGAAGUGAAUAUCCAAGUUUUGCUCAGAUGCAGGCCCUUAAGCGAUGAUGAUCAAAAGUGCAAUGUACCAAAGGUGAUAACAUGCAAUGAACACAAAAGAGAAGUAGUAAUAUUGCAAAAUGUUGCUAACAAGCAAGUAGACAAAGUCUUCACCUUUGACAAGGUUUUUGGACCCAAAGCACAACAGAGAUCGAUAUAUGACCAAGCAAUUUUUCCUAUAGUGAAUGAAGUUCUUGAGGGCUUCAAUUGCACAGUCUUUGCAUAUGGUCAAACUGGAACUGGUAAAACAUACACUAUGGAGGGAGGGAUGAGAAAUAAGAGCGGAGAGUUACCUGCUGAGGCCGGCGUAAUCCCAAGGGCAGUUCGCCAAAUUUUUGAUACACUAGAGGCUCAAAAUGCUGAUUAUAGCAUGAAAGUUACUUUCUUGGAACUCUACAAUGAGGAAAUAGUUGAUCUUCUUGCAGCCGAAGACUACUCUAGAGCUUUGGAAGAGAGGCAAAAGAAGCCCAUUUCCUUGAUGGAAGAUGGGAAAGGUUGUGUCCUCGUAAGAGGUCUGGAAGAAGAAGUUGUUUAUAGUGCAAAUGAUAUAUAUAACCUUUUAGAACGAGGUACAGCCAAAAGGCGUACGGCAGAUACCUUGUUAAACAAGCGUAGCAGUCGUUCUCAUUCAGUGUUUACAAUAACCGUACAUGUUAAACAAGCAACUGUUGGCAGCGAGGAAGUCAUUAAAUAUGGAAAGCUUAAUCUUGUCGAUUUGGCUGGAUCAGAAAAUAUUUCUCGUUCAGGUGCCCGAGAUGGUAGAGCAAGGGAAGCUGGGGAAAUAAACAAGAGCUUGCUCACCUUGGGCCGUGUCAUUAAUGCACUUGUGGAACAUUCCGUCCAUGUGCCAUACAGAGACAGUAAGCUGACAAGACUGCUAAGAGACUCGCUUGGUGGGAAGACCAAAACUUGCAUCAUUGCAACGGUUUCUCCAUCUGCUCAUUGUCUAGAAGAAACGUUAAGCACACUAGACUAUGCACACCGUGCUAAAAACAUUAAAAACAAGCCAGAGGCAAAUCAGAAAAUGUCCAAAGCUAUGCUGCUCAAAGAUAUCUACUUGGAAAUUGAGAAAAUGAAACAAGAUCUUCGAGCAACUAGGGAAAAGAAUGGUGUCUAUAUUCCAAAUGAAAGAUUCGCACAAGAUGAAGCUGAAAAGAAGAUGAAGAAUGAAAAGAUAGAGCAACUGGAGAUUGAUCUAAACAUCAGUGAGAAGCAAGUAAAUAGCUACCGUGAGCUCUAUGAAAGUGAACAAGAAAAGAGGUUGAGCUUUGAAAGUGAUCUCAAAGAUUGCAAGGAGAAGUUGGAAAACAGUAACAAGGCCUUACUAGAUAUUCAAGGAAAACAUAGAGAAGCCAUGUCAAUGUUGAAGAAAAAGGAAUUUAUCAUCUCCAAACUUUUGGAUUCAGAAAACUGUCUAGUUGAACAUGCAAAAGGUAUGCGUAACAAACUACAAGAUGCUUCAGAGGACGUGACUGAACUGUUUUCCAAAAUAGAUCAUAAGAACAAGUUGGAAGCCGAAAACCAUCAGAUGCUCCUGUCAUUUGGUUGUCAGCUAGAUCACAGCUUAAAAGACCUGCAGAAAAUUGUUUUGAGUUCAGUUUCACAACAGCAACAACAAAUGAAAUGCAUGGAAGAACAAGUCUCUUCAUUUCUUGAUAUUAAACAUGCUAAAACCCAAGUCUUGGAAUCAAGGAUCAAGAACAUAACAGACACAUACACUUCAGGCAUGACGGUAUUAAAGGAUCUUGUUGACACACUGCAAAUUCGAGCUUCUUCCGACUUGGUUCAUAUGAAGUCCAGAAUAUCAGAUCAGAUCAUGGCAGUUGAGAAUAUCUUUAAGAAUGCGGUUUUGGAGGUUAAGAAUGCCACUUGUGACAUUCAGAACUCUAUAAACGAUCAGAAGCAGAUGCUGGCUUUAUCUGCUCAACAACAUGAAGAGGGACUACAUAAAAGUUUGAUGUCUGCACAUGAAAUCUCGAGGGCAACAAUUGAUUUCUUCAACGACCUCAGUCAGCGAGCUACUAAACUCAUGGCAGUUCUUGAAGAAAAUCAUAAAACUAGAUCUCACCAGCUAGCAGCAUUUGAGAAGAAAUUCAAGGAAGAUGCAGCUAGAGAAGAACAUUUGGCAAUUGAAAACAUUUCAGAAAUCAUAAGGAACUUGACUGCAAAACAAACUUCAAGGGUUUCUGAGGCAUCACGAAAGAUUGAUCACUUAAGUUCACAAGAUAACAAAAUCUUGCUGCAAGACAUUUCUAACAUGCUGCAAGUAUCAGAUGAUGGAAAGGCCGAGGUGAAUGGAUAUAUAGAGAAGGCAAAAGCUCGUUUUACAGAAAACACGUUUAUUUCAACUGAAAAUCGAGCAUUGAUGGAGAGCUGCCUAGAGGAGUGUACAAAUAAGGUAGGAUAUUCCUUACUACACUGGGAUAAUACACAAUUAGCUAUCGACCGUCUUAAUGAGAGCAGUAUGGUUGAAACCGAAUCAUUUAUAAGAGAAAAGAUUCAUGAAAACAACCUCAGAGGUGAAGAGAUCGUUACAAAACACGUAUCUAUGGAGGCAAGCUUCAAAUCAGAAGCUAGUGGUCUGGAAUCAUCUGUUAAAGAUUCACUGAUGGUGGACCAAGAAACUGGAAAAGAGUUGGAUUCCAUGUCAAAGAUAUGCUUGGAUCAUCUUACAUGUUUUGAAGACAAACAUGGUGACAGAACUAGAAACAUGCUAAACCAAGCUGAGUGCCUAAAGAAAGCUUAUCAGGUUGAUCAUGAUUCUGGUCCAAGAAAACAUGAAAUAGACAUCCCGAGCGUAACAUCCAUAGAGGCGAUGCGAGCACCAGCUUUUGCAGAUCUCCUAGUUUCCGACAACCAACAUAAACGUGUGGAAAAUGGAAGCAAACCGAAGGUUCAUAAUCAACGGCUAAGUAUGGGAUCUCCAAACCGAAGUCCUUUUGCAGAUGUCAACUAAAUUUUGAGUGUACUAAAGAUUACAUCAAGGUAAGAGAGGUUUAGCAUAUAUCAUAAUGUUAUAUAUAUGAUCUUGUAUUGGUCUCAUAUUAUGCAGUUGUUUUAAGGUUAGUGAAGUCCAAAACUCAGUUUCAUACUCAUCUACUGAUGAGCAAAA